UGCACCAGCCGGAAGCAACACAGACGGGAAUAAACAAGUGAGGGCGCCGGGCGGUUGUGUGUUAAAUACCUGCAGCGCUCGAGUUGUCGUUCGCUUGUAUUUUGUUUAACAUCAUCGUUAGAUGUGUGUGUUGUUGUGAUGAUGAGAGUCGUGUUUGUGUUUCCUCUGCUCGCCGUGUGUGUGUUGUGUGUGUGUUUGGCGUAUAAACCGGUGAUCAUCGUCCACGGACUCUUCGACAGCUCGUCAAAUUUUAACGCCCUCAUCAGCUUCAUUAAUGCGUCUCAUCCGGGCACGAAUGUGUCUGUCAUCGACCUGUUUGACGGCAGUGCGAGUCUCGAGCCGCUCUGGACACAGGUGGAGGGCUUCACACGGGCCAUCUAUCCCAUAAUGCAAAACUCUGCUGACGGUGUGCACCUCAUCUGCUACUCACAGGGUGGUUUGAUCUGUCGGGGGAUUCUCUCCACUCUUUCGGAUCAUAAUGUUCACUCGUUCAUCUCUCUCUCUUCACCACAGGGGGGACAGUAUGGAGACACAGAUUAUCUGAAGUAUCUGUUUCCACAGUUUGUCAAAUCUAAUCUGUAUCACGUGUGCUACACUUCAGUGGGUCAGAAGAUUUCCAUCUGUAACUACUGGAACGAUCCUCAUCACAGGGAGCAGUACAUUAACAGCAGUGAUUAUCUGGCGUUAUUAAACAGCGAGAGACCAAACCCCAACUCUACCGCCUGGAAACAGAACUUCCUGCGCAUGAAGAAGUUGGUUCUGGUUGGAGGUCCAGAUGACGGAGUUAUUACACCGUGGCAGUCCAGUCAGUUUGGCUUCUAUGAUGACAAUGAGACAGUUGUUGAGAUGAAACAGCAGAAGCUGUUUCUCAUGGACACGUUUGGUCUGAAGACGCUGUACGCUCGAGGAGAUCUGAUAUUGUGUUCUGUACCUGGUGUUGCUCAUGUUUACUGGCACUCCAAUGAGACGGUAUAUAAAACCUGCAUAGACAAGUGGCUGACAUAAACAACAACACAACAACAACACCUCAGUUACUUACAGUCAGAUCCUAAUAGUCAAACACACAUACAUGAGAGAGAGAUGACCGUCAGUGCCUGAAUCAUCUAACGUCAUCUUUACAUCUUAUCCACAUGCUUUGUUGUUUUUAAUGUGUUUAUGUUUAUUAUUUGUUUUAAUGAUUGACGGAUGUGAAGAGUUCAGUUUUUAUGUUUGUGUGCCUCAUGAAAAGGGACAGUAAAGACGGACUUGAUGUUUUAUAUUUAACUCAGUUUAACUUUAAACCUCUUAAAAGUUUGAGUUUUAAUUUGAAAGGGAAUGUGAUGUGUUUUAUGUUCACAGUUGUUUAAUAGUCAUUGAGAACUGUGGGGUUACAGUAAGCACAAUGUGAUGAAGAUGAUGUUGUUACACAUCCACUGUCAGUAUUGUAGAAAACAUUUAGUCACAUUUAUUGAUGUCAUAGCAGUGUUGUGUGUGGAUGGUCUUGUUUUAUCUACUUUAAAGUGAAUGAAGUGUAUUGAACUACACUUUCAGCUGAAACUGAAUUUCUCUUGGAUUAGUUUAGAUUUUGUAAUAUAAUUGUUUUUACGUUUUAUGUCAAGGUCAAUAAAUGGCUCAUGUUUCUAACAUCA